UAUCACACACACAGAAUAUACCAAUUUGGAAAGGCAGCCUAACAUGACCCAACAUAGCGACAAAGCCGAAUUAACUGAAAACCCACCAAACUGGGAGGCUCAUGUGCUGCACUAUCUACACCACCAUUUCCACUCACCCCCACUCUCUCUCUCUCUCUCUACCUUACCUCCGGAAUUUGACUCACAACCAUCUGCCUAGUUCAUACUUUCAGAUUUUUCUUUCCGGGAGUUAUCAGCCACUGUUGGAGGCCUGAAAGUUCAGUUUUGCGGGUUGUGUGUUCGGUGAAAUGUCCCAGUGGGGAUGUGUUUCCGCGGCUAACUUGAGCUGGCAAACUAGUAGUAUCGUAAGUAUUAGGAAGGUUGGAAGCACACCCAGAUGUUGUUUCCAAAUGGGUUUGCCAAAUUUGGAAGCUUUGACUUUUGGAGGUAGUGAAUUUAUGUCUCAGAGUUUGAGAAUUCCGUGCUCAAGUGCGACUGGUAGAGGGCAGAGGAAAAGGGGUUUCCCUUUGAAGGUAGUUUGUGUGGACUAUCCAAGACCGGAGCUUGAGAAUACUGUUAAUUUCUUAGAAGCUGCUUCCUUGUCUGCUUCCUUUCGCUCUUCUCCUCGUCCUGCUAAACCGUUAAAAGUUGUAAUUGCUGGUGCAGGACUGGCUGGUUUAUCAACUGCAAAGUAUUUGGCAGAUGCAGGUCAUAAACCUUUAUUACUGGAAGCAAGAGAUGUUUUAGGUGGAAAGCUGGCAGCAUGGAAAGAUGAGGAUGGAGACUGGUAUGAGACAGGCCUACAUAUAUUCUUUGGAGCGUAUCCAAAUGUACAAAACUUGUUUGGAGAGCUUGGUAUUGAUGACAGGUUACAGUGGAAAGAGCAUUCUAUGAUAUUUGCAAUGCCCAACAAGCCAGGAGAGUUCAGUCGAUUUGACUUCCUUGAAGCUUUGCCAUCACCCAUAAAUGGAAUAUGGGCCAUUUUGAAGAAUAAUGAAAUGCUGUCUUGGCCAGAGAAAGUAAAGUUUGCUAUUGGUCUUCUACCGGCAAUGCUUGGUGGACAGGCUUAUGUUGAAGCUCAAGAUAACAUCUCUGUUAAAGAUUGGAUGAGAAAACAGGGCAUACCUGAUCGAGUAACUGAGGAGGUGUUUAUUGCCAUGUCAAAGGCAUUAAACUUUAUUAACCCUGAUGAACUUUCAAUGCAAUGUAUAUUGAUUGCUUUGAACAGAUUUCUUCAGGAGAAGCAUGGUUCCAAGAUGGCCUUUUUAGAUGGUAAUCCUCCAGAGAGACUCUGUAUGCCAAUUGUUGAUCAUAUCGAGAAAUUGGGUGGUGAACUCCAACUUAAUUCACGGAUACAAAAAAUUGAGCUAAAUAAUGACGGAACAGUGAAGAGAUUUUUAUUAACCAAUGGAAAUGUGAUUGAAGGGGAUGUUUAUGUGUUUGCCACUCCAGUUGAUAUCCUGAAGCUUCUCUUGCCUGACAGCUGGAAAGAAAUUCCAUAUUUUAAAAAGUUGGAGAAAUUAGUAGGAGUUCCAGUUAUUAAUGUUCACAUAUGGUUUGACAGAAAACUGAAGAACACAUAUGACCACCUACUUUUUAGCAGAAGUCCUCUUCUAAGUGUCUAUGCUGACAUGUCUGUAACAUGCAAGGAAUAUUACAAUCCAAACCAGUCUAUGUUGGAGUUGGUUUUUGCACCAGCAGAAGAAUGGAUAUCCCGUAGUGACACAGAAAUUAUUGAUGCUACGAUGAAGGAACUUGCUAAACUCUUUCCUGAUGAAAUAUCCACCGAUCAGAGCAAAGCAAAGAUUUUAAAGUAUCAUGUUGUCAAAACACCGAGGUCUGUCUACAAAACCGUCCCUGAUUGUGAACCUUGCCGGCCCUUGCAAAAAUCUCCCGUAGAGGGUUUUUGUUUGGCUGGUGACUACACAAAACAGAAAUAUUUAGCUUCGAUGGAAGGUGCAGUUCUAUCGGGAAAGCUUUGUGCACAGGCAAUUGUACAGGAUUACGAUUCACUUAUUGCUCGUGAGCAAAGGAACUUGGCCGAGGCAGUCAGUCGUUGAUGACAACCAUACUGUGGAGAAGUAUUAUCUGGUAAUAUUUUCGCGCACGGAAGUCAUCAGCCCUUUCAACAAAUUAGAUACUAAUUACACACUUUAAGGUCAUAUAUGGAGUAACAUUGUUAACCACUUUGAUGGUGCAUCUCUCCAAGAUGGCAGCAUGUCAUUCCUUGAUUUGCCUACAUAAUUAAUCAUCUAUCUGUAAGUGUAAAUAUGUUUUCCUUAAAAAGAAAAUAAAGAAAAUGAAGAAAAAAAAUCUUUCCAAUAGGUAAAAUUCCAUUUUUCUUUUUCUAGGUACUUGUAUGUCCCAACUAUGGUUGUACUUGUGGUGGACACUGAACACUGGAUCAUAACUCAUGAGAACCUUGAAUGAAAGAGCAACAUAGCUGGAGAGGGUGGAGAUAUAUAUAUAUAUAUAUAUAUAUAUAAAUGGGAGGCCUUUUUAAAAGAGUUAAUUAGAAAAAGAGCCAGAGUUAUGCAUCAGAUUUUUAUGGUAAAUUUACUAAUAGUUCCAUAUCUCCCUCCUCAGCUUGAAGCCAAAAAUUCGAUUGCAAUAUAUUCUAUAGCAGAACUCUACAUUUUUUUUUAAUUUUUUUUUUGUGGUUAAUAUUGUAUUGUUCAUAUAAGUUGAAUCGUCAAUAAUAAUUUUGUUAUGAAUU